CACUAAUUCUCGCCGGACAGCUGAUUUGGCUGUCAAGCUUUCUGAACGAACAACACGUGCAUUUUGGCCGCUGCAUCUCGCAAAUCUAUUUUUUGCAAUCUCACAUCAUUUCCGUUUCGUUGCAAUAGUAAGUUACUGGAGAUAAAGAUUAAUUAAAUAAGUUUGUAAAUAAAGUGUUUUAACUACAUAUAAAUAUUUCAUCGUUUGGGAAUUAUCUCAUUAAAAAAAUAUUGCAUAGCACGGCUGACACCGGCUGGUGCAUGCAUGUUUAUUGCUUCGGUUUUUUGCAAUUAGCUUGUGCAAAAGCUAAGAUUUAGUGAAACUGCAUCGAAAGUGAUUUUUUUUUUUAAGUGUUAGUGUUUAUUUUUUACACUAUUGAAAAUAUUGAAAAAGUUAAAUAAUUUAUUACCAUAUUUUGUGUACACAACUACAUUGCAAGAAAGCACAUUCCCUUCUUUUUCCCUUUUGUAGCGCAACAAAAUCCAACAAAAGCAGAGCAAAUACCCCAAUUGUGUUUGUGAAAUAUAAAUUGUGCAUACAUUUUUUAAAAAGGCAAAGUAAGUGUAUUGAGAAAGAAAAUUGAAAAAUAUUUCAAAGUGAAAGUGAAAUCUACUCGAAAAUUAUUAAUUUAUAGAAAAUGUUGGAACAUCGUAUGUUGCGCUACACUUUUUAUAGCCUGACUACGGGGCUUUCGGUAGUGUUGUUGUCAGAAGUAAUUUAUCGUGGAUAUUUGUACGUGCGCGAACGUUUGUGGCGUCGCGAUGCAUCUGAUGACGAAAUUGCCGAAGUUAUCUGGACGAAUGAGUUGACGCAAAUUUGUGCUGGUAGUCAUAUACUAAAAUCGCCAACCGUGCAUAAUAGCCCUUCAAAAGUGAGCUCAGGCCUCUCCUCCAACGGUAUGAUUGAAAAUGGUCAUAUUACGAAAUUGCCAAGUCCAAGUAAUAGUCCUAUAUGUAAUAAUCGCUUUUGUGCUGAUCGUAAUGUCGGGCGUUUAAUAUCUUUACUCGAUGAGUCGAAAUAUACAAUAGAUCUAGCGAUGUAUACGUUUACUUCAUAUGUUUUGUGCCAGGCGUUCAUGCGUGCCAUUCGAAGAGGUGUCUCCGUGCGUAUAAUAAGUGACAAAGAAAUGGUAUACUCAAGUGGAUCUUAUAUUAUAACAUUAACGAAAGCAGGUGUACCAGUGCGUUGUCCAAUGACCACCAUGCUAAUGCAUCAUAAAUUUUGUCUAAUUGAUGCGCCAAAACGGGCGCAAUCAGUUUUAGCUAACGUCGACAAAUUAUACGAUUCUCGUAAUGUGAAAGGUGUUCUCAUGUCCGGUUCACUAAAUUGGACAAUGCAGGGGUUCGGUGGCAAUUGGGAGAAUAUUGUUGUCAGCUCGAAUAAAAUGUUAGUAGAACAAUUCGAAGAUGAAUUUCAACGAAUGUGGUUAGCUUUCGCUCCUCGGAUGAGUACCUAAACAACGAAAUCCAUAAGCGGCGUGUACAUAAUGCAGAACAUUUCCAUUGCGGUCAUUGGCAUUUGACCGUGUUGCAAUAAAUUUAUUAAUCAAGCUUACUUUAACUGGAUCCCCUGCGCAAAUAAUAAUAACAAUAAGACAGGUCUUCGACAUGAGAAAUGCAAAUAAUAAACACGUGAGUGUGUAAAUGUAUGUACCUAUGUACACCCAUAUAUGAUUAAAAAAGUCUGCAUUGCAUAUGUAUUAUUUAUUUCACCAUUAAAUAUCUACAUAUUUUUGAAAUAUACUUAAGCCUGUGCGCUAAUAAAUAGGAACAAUUUCACAUUCGUACAUUUGUAUGUACGAGUAUGUACAUUGAUUAAUAGUCGACGGUUAAAGCACCCUGAAGGAAAAGAGAGUAAUUGUUAACUGAAGUGCUACUAAUUUGUAUUUCUUAUUUUAAGUUUGCCAAAGUAAGCGACUGAAAAAGGCGGUGUCGUCCAAGCAAGAUUUCAGAUUAAGCAUUACUUUCAUACUAGUUAAAAACUAGUUAAUUGAUGCUUGUUGGAUUUCUACUGCGAGAUAUCUGGUGGACGGAGAUUUAUCAAAGAACAUUCUCCCGAAAAUAAGCGAAAUUGUCUCCGAGAGUCCUCAAAUUAUUGAAGAGAGAUCGUUGUACCAGAUGAGCUCUCAGAUGAGCUCAAUGGCCUGUAGUUGUGAUUGGUCUGUACUCCUUUGAAAACGAUUGCGAAGCUGACAAUGUCAAUUCGGAGCGCUCUGGUCGUAUGAAAACCGACUUGUUUUUGUUCUACAAUAGAAGAACACGACUUUGAAAGUAAAUGGUUUCUGUAAGAUGGUGCCACAGGCCAUACAACACAGGCGGAUAUCGCUUUAUAGCGCGAGGAAUUUUCCGGUCGCGUAAUCUCUCUCCUCUGUGGUGUCAAUUGGCCACCGAGAUUUUGCGAUUUGACACCUUUUAACUUAUUUUGUGGGACUACACAAAAGACUCUAUUUAUGCGGAUAAACCUCUCUUGAACACUCGUAUAGCAUCGAGACACCGUGCAUUAUGUGCCAAAAAAUGAUCUAAACUUAACGCAAACGGAUCGAUCUUGCAUGAUAUA